AUGGCCGCUGGACAGAGACUACUUCGAAGCGCACUCACGGCUUCCUGCCGGCUCCCCGGUGUUUCGCUCUCACGACAGGGAGUUCAGUCAAUAUCCACUCCAUUCAUACUGCGACGUACUUCACCAUCAUCCUCAAAGAUUCUACCACGAUCUCCAGUGCUAUUCUCCUCAGUACUUGGCAGGAAUAGCUACUCGACGACGACCAGAGACCCCCACCCACUCACCGACAACAAGACCCCGGCAACUACGGAAGAAGAUGCCCAGGCAGCUCAGGCUCGACGUGACCAGGAGCCCGCAUACCUAAUCUACUUUACGUGCAAGCCAUGUUCUCACAGGUCGGCACACCGCAUUUCGAAGCACGGGUACCACAAGGGCACUAUCCUUAUAACGUGUCCAAGCUGCAGCAACCGACAUGUUAUCAGUGACCACCUGAAAAUUUUCUCGGAUGCGCCGGUCACACUGGAAGAUUUGCUGGCCCAGAAAGGCAUGAAGAUCACCAAGGGGACCAUGGAAGGAGAUAUGGAAUGGUGGGGUAAAGAUGAGGAGACCACUGGUACCAGCUCAGAUUCUUGCGCUGCUUCUACAUCUCAACCUGAAUUAAAGGGUGGUGAAAACCAGGACGGAAAGCCUUAG